CUCACAAGUCUCAAACACUUCUACCUUCAUAGCUACACACACACACCUUCAAGAUUCAAACUUUGAUUCCAAUUUUCAAUUUCAAAACAACCCAGAAACGAUUUCAGCUCAACUCAACAAUCAUUGCAUCAUUUCAAAUUCGGGGUCACUAUGAAUUUCAAGAACAAAGAUGAUUUCUGGGUAUUUUACAUGAACCAUCAUUCAAAACCAUCAACAAGAAAAUGGCACUUCAUAGGAACACUCAUUAGCAUUAUUUUCUUUCUCUUCUCAAUAAUCUUCAGUUGGUUGUUCUUGUUUCUUGUUCCUUUGUCUUUUUAUGGAUUUGCUAUGUAUAGUCAUUUGUUCAUUGAAGGGAAUUUUCCUGCAACUAUUGGAUACCCUUUUUGGUCUCUUUAUUGUGAUUUGAAGUUGUUUUGGUUUAUGGUUACUGGAAAAUUGGAUAGAGAGAUGAAAAGACUUGGGAAGAGACCUGUGUUGCAAUUGUUCUGAUUUUUUAUUUUCUUCGGCUGUUCUUUCUCCCAAAUUCAAAGUUUAUCUAGAGAAAUUCUUUUUGAAUGUGAGCAAUCUAUAUGCAGUCUCGAUUUCGACAAUAUUAUUUGAAACAUGGAAGUGCAAAUACAUUCAUUCAAAGUCUAAAGUGGAAAUUAUUGGUGAAGAUUAUUCUUCGUAUAUUUAGAAAGCAAUCUUUGUUAAGCAGGCUAUGGGAUGAUUAAAAAAUAUAUAUAAUUUUUUGGGUAUUAACCCUUUGAUUUCAGGGGAAGGGGACCCCGAUAAUCUAGAGUUCGGCCUCUAUACUUGGAAAUGUUGAAAGUACCUAGCAAUUAGUCAAUUAUUGGUUUUAACUAAAAAGUGUGCUUUGAUCAUCAAAGCUUUGUAA